CAUAUUUAUGCUCCUUUAUUUCUCGUUUCCUGUCUACUUACUUCAUUGCUACCAUCUUCUUAUGGCGUUGUCACCAUUUCCUUCGAAAUACUUAAUAAAAAAGGUGACAUUGGUGAGCCAUGUAACGCUUGUGUACCCGGUUCCAAAGGGCCACAUGGUCUGAAGGGUACGCCUGGCAAGGAUGGCCGGAAUGGUCGGCCUGGGAAUGCAGGCCCUCCAGGGGAGGACGGAGACCGUGGAGAACCUGGCAAUAAGGGCCCUCGUGGGCAACAAGGUCAAGAGGUAAGCAUGCCUCACAAUUAUUCUGAAUAG